GUGAGAGAGGGAGGGGCAAGAUGGCGGCGCCGCGGGGGAGCCUGUCGGGGCUGGGUCUCGUUCUUCUGCUCCUGAUCUGCGGGAGGGGCUGGGCUGCCGCGGGCUCCUCCGAGGCCUUUGACUCGGCGCUGGGGAGCACGGCGUCGUGCCACCGGGCCUGUCAGCUGACUUACCCCCUGCACACCUACCCCAAGGAAGAGGAACUGUAUGCAUGUCAGCGAGGCUGCAGACUGUUUUCUAUUUGUCAGUUUGUGGAUGAUGGAAUUGACUUGAAUCGUACCAAACUGGAAUGCGACUCUGCCUGUACUGAAGCAUAUUCCCAGUCUGAUGAACAAUAUGCUUGCCAUCUUGGGUGCCAGAAUCAGCAGCCAUUUGCUGAACUGAGACAAGAGCAAUUAAUGUCCCUGAUGCCAAGGAUUCAUCUCCUUUUCCCUCUGACACUGGUGAGAUCAUUCUGGAGUGACAUGAUGGACUCAGCACAGAGCUUCAUAACUUCCUCAUGGACCUUCUACCUUCAAGCAGAUGAUGGCAAAAUAGUUAUAUUCCAGUCAAAGCCAGAAGUUCAAUAUAUUCCACAGGACACCACAGAUCUGAAAGAAUCGUUGUUGAGCAAAACAUCUGCAGACCUACAGCCAGGAGGUUCACAGACACACAGAGGAUUUUUUGAAGAGGAGGAAAGCAAUAGCUUUUUCAAAUGUCUUUCUAUAAAUUCUGGUUGGAUUUUAACGACUACACUUGUUCUCUCCGUACUGGUGCUACUCUGGAUUUGUUGUGCUACUGUUGCUACAGCUGUACAGCAGUAUGUUCCCUCUGAGAAGCUGAGCAUCUAUGGAGACUUGGAGUACAUGAAUGAAAAACUGACCAGAUACCCAGCUUCUGCUCUUGUUGUUGUUCGAUGCAAGACUGAUGAACAUGAAGAAGCAGGACCUCUACCCACAAAAGUUAAUCUGGCUCAUUCAGCAAUUUAAAUAGUUUAAAAGAAUUUAAUAGACUAAUUCUAGCACUUCUAUCAACUCCUGGUGUUUUUUUAUGGUUUCUUCAGCUGCGGGGCUUAGCGGUCAGUGUUUAAAUGAAAAUAAAGUUACAGAAUCAACAAAUCAGUCUGUCAUGGAAUCCUUGUUUUCCUCUAGUAGUGAAGAGAAUUGCACGUUUAACUUGCAGUUUUUUUUCCAAAUAUAUGUAAUUGCUUUCACUGGAGUUUGCAAUGUGUCCUUUUUGCUUAACAAAAACUGUACACUUCUCGCUACACUUCUACCAUGGCACUUUCAAUCAGUCAUUUCUAACCGUUCUAUGAUGUAAGCUCGGCAUUAGCUCUUAAAAGUAGGGUAUAAAUUCUCAGUGGGCAGAAGAUGCUUAGGUCAGGCAUUUUCAGUUGUGAGUAACUAAGAACAUUAAUUGUAGAACUAUUUGCAGAAAUGUUGUAUUAUCCGUUAGUCUUUGCAAUAACCCUUUCCCCCAAAAUAGAAAUGUAUUUUUUUACAGGUAUCAAUAUGCAGAGCGUUAAUGAGGUACUGCAGGUUGAGCUCAGGCUGUCAGAAAUGCAAGUUUUUAACGACUCAUGGACGUAUCCUUUUGCACACAAAAAAGAGACAUGCUUAUUUAUUCUUUUGACAAACUUUAGCCUUAAACUCGUCAAUAGCUUGUUACGGUAGAGCAGGGGUCGGCAACGUUUGG